UGUCUCUUUUGCUAGAUCUCAGUUAAAGGGAGAAGACGUCCUCACCAUGGCCCAGUUCGAGGAGGUUCUGGACGGAGUGCGGCUGGCUCUGACCUGGGCCUCCCCUGCUGAGAUCCAAGUUCUGCUGGAGGGUUUGGUUGAGGAGCGGAUCAUCUCAGACGCCUACAGCAAGACCUUGAGUCUCCAUCGACUUACUGAGGGGAUCGCACAUGUGUCUAAUCAGGGCAAACCAGCAUGGAAACCAGGAUCUGAUCACAUUCAUUCUCGAGGAUCCACCACCCACCAAGGUCUUCUUAGCCAGGUGAGGAAAUAUGAGUCAUCAAAGUCGAGAGAAUCUGCCGUCAUUGACCACAACCAGACAAGACUGGAGUCUGUAUUAUCACUGCAUGAAAAUAACAGCACAAGGUCCAGUCCGAAAAUGCAUCCAAUGUAUGAAGAUCAAGUUAAUCAUGGAAAUAAUCCUACACUAAUUCGGGAAUUGGGGAGGGGGGCAGAGAUGGACGAACACUGCCUCAACCACAUGAUCACGCCUACACCAAUGACAUGUGAUGACCAGUUCACUUUCAGAUUCAAUGAUGAAAUCUCAGAGUUGCUGAGAAGUGCAGAAUCUAUGCAGAAGCGAAUAAGUGAUAAUGACAGAAUGGUUGAAAGGAAUACGGAGGACGAGAAGGAGUGGUUAGAGCAGGUAGAGGAGGCGGCUAGGAGGAUAGCUGUCCCUCUAUGGCAGCACUGGGACAGAGGACGGAAGUUGUUAUUGCCUCUGGUUCCUUGUAUGACUAUUGGGUGUGCGACAAGUGAAAACACAGUGACCGGCUGUGAAGCACAAUGCCAUGAUUUGAAUAUGGAAGUUGAAACAGAGCUCGCAAUUUCCUGCAGAAAACUGGAUUUGUACACCAACAACUUUAAGUGUAUGGAAGCAGAUAUUACAGACACAAGCUUCACACUGGAUACGGAAGGACCAACUGACUUGCUGAAAGACCUCUGUUUCUCUGCAUUUGACAGUGUGGCGACGGCUGGAUUGAAUACCGGUCAGGUCAGUAACUGCGGAGAGGCAGCAAAUGCUUCACUUGUAGAGGCCUGCACAGCCACGGCCACAAACAACAACAUCACAGACACCUAUCUGGGGGGACAUCUCAGUGUCUGCUGGUUAGCUGAUGGGACAACAGCCACAGCAGACGACCUGAUAUGUUUGACAGGAGACGCACAAUGUCGCACAGACGCCGGAUUUAAAGACGUGACAGAUUUGCUUUCACCUUGUACUCCAAAAGACACUCAAACUGAUGCACAGGAUAGCUCAUUUUACUCAAAAAUAGAUCUUAGCAUGACAUUCGGUGUUCUAGACAACUUAGAACAUGUUUUCAGGACUGCUUACAGCACAACAAGAUGCAGCAUUGAUAGCAUAACAGACUUCCAUGAAAAUAAAGAGGAUGAGGAGAGAGAUGAGUCACACUGGGGUGCCAAGAUGCAGGAAGUAGAUCUGGACCCAUUUAUCCCUCCAGAUUUAGGAGAUCUACCAGAUGAUAUAUCUGAAUUCAUGAACGAUGAUUACCUGUUGGGUACAGAUGGGCUCUUUAGCGAUUUGUGGUUGAAUUGUGAGGAAUUCAACAUCUUCAGUGACCCUGCUGUGCCAGUAGAGCUGCCUUGCCCUGGCAACCACCAGCAGCGACAGGUGGACAGACCAACAGGCAAAGCAAAUAACAGGAGAAAACGAGAAAGCGUUCCUCGGUCACGGCGGUGCAAUGAUGAGACCACACCAUCCAGACCAAAAAGGCACAGAGCAGCAGGUAAACCACGAACGGAAGCGGUACAGGUGGAGUCAGCUGUCACUCAGAGCACAGAUGCAGGAUCAGAGCCUGCAGAGACAGCGGGCCUUACCACCACUCCACCAAAAAUCCUUCACUUCCAUCCCUCCAUUCAGUUCAUCACCAUCCCAGACGCUCCAGGAUAUCAGGUUGUUCAAGCUCUGAGGCUCUCUCCUCCAGUUAUUAGACUUCCACUCCCCAAUACAGCCACUACACCUACAUACAUAUUAGUUCCUGCUGCCUCACAAACCUGCAAUCACCAAGUACAACCACUCUCCCCGGUUGACGGUGCGGUAGUGCCAGUUCAAAUGAGUUCUUCGCCACCAGGAUCUCUGUCAGACACUGCUAGCAAAGCCAUCUCUUCUCCUUGUAACUCACCACUCUCCCCCAGUAAUGAGAUGUCCCCAUGUAAAGACUUACCUCUUCCUCAGUCUCCCACUGUCCUUGAUAUUCCACAGGUUGUGAAGGACUACAUUCAGGAAGUCAAAGCCCACAUGAGUCAAACUUGCCAGGAUAUGGAUGAGGGCCUUAACCUGACAUCUCAUUAUGUGGAUAUGCAAGUGAGCCUGAGGGAGAUUCUUCGCUCUGGAAAAAACACAAACAAAUGCCUGGACAAGGAGCUAGUCAUCAUGGGAGAUACAGAACGGCAACAAAGCUUUUUGGGGAAGAGUCAGAUAUUCGAAGGCUCAAAUGGAGAUAAAUCCAGACGCUACAUAUUGCUACUUGGUAAUGCGGGCAUGGGAAAAACCACCCUGAUCAGGAAGCUGUGUCUUGACUGGUCUAGAGACUGCAUCCCACAAUUUGACUUUGUCUUCUUAUUAGAUGGCAAAGCGCUCACUUUGACGACGCCAACGUAUAGCCUUCAGACCCUCCUGUUAAACCUCUCCUCCUUUGCCCCUUCCUGCAUGGACCCCGAGGAAGUGUACACUCAAAUCCUUGCAGCCUCUAAGCGUGUGCUCGUCAUUUUUGAUGGGUUUGACGAGUUGCGGGACUAUGAAAUUCUACUCCAGACUCAAGAAAAAGACUUGGUAACAUCAUUACAGAAAGACAGUAAAUCACAGACCUACACAGUAAGACAGUUAUACUCUGCCAUACUUCAGAGGGUCCUUCUUCCAGGAUGCACUCUCCUGCUCUCUACCCGGCCAAGAGGCACUGCCAGCCAGCUUCUGCGGCGGGCAGACAGCUUUCUGGAGUUAUGUGGCUUUACUCCCACAGAUGUAGAGACAUAUUUGUCCCAGUACUUCACUGAUCCUGCCCUCAGAACUGCUGCUUUGGACUGCAUAAAAAACUGCAGUUAUCUACAUCUCCUCUGCUGGAACCCUGGACUAUGUCGGUUGGUUUGCCUGGUUUUGGAACAGUCCAAAAGUUUGGAGGACCUACCAAGAACUUUAACCGGGCUCUGCCAUCAAGUGCUUUGUUUGAAAAUGGAAAAGGACAGUAAGAGCACACACUCACAGGCCGAAGUUCAAACACAAACAUCCCCGCAAUCUGAAGAAGAAACCCAGACACAAAUCUCAAGUAACAAUCAAACGAAAAGGUGUCACAAAAAUACUCAGACAAAGUCCAGAGCACAAAGAAGAAGAAGAAGAAGAUGGGCAAAAAAGGAGGAGAAAGAGGAAAAUGAAUGGGAUGGAGGUGAGAUGAAGAGUGUUGGAAGGGAGAUAGUUAGAACAGAGGAGAGAGAGUUGCUGUCCCAGCUGAGCUCUUUUGCCUGGGAGGGUGUUAAAGCCAACUCGUCCAUCCUUCCCACAGCUCAGACAUUAUCUGCCAAACUCAAGGCUUUCGGCCUCAGGACAAGGCUCCUCCUUUCUCACCCCCUGAGGACAAGGCAGGUUGUUUCAAGUGGUGAGUGGGAGGGAAGAGGGAGACAGGACAAAGAUGAAAUGGGAGGAAGAGAGAAGGGAGACAGGGAGGGAAACAAAGGGAGAAAGGAUGAUGAAAACUUUGACACCAGUGAUGACCACAUCGUGUCGUGGGCCAACCCUUUCCUUCAGAGUUACUUGGCAGGUGUCCAUCUGGCUUUGUCAAGGAAUGUAUCAGACCGCACCUUCCUCCAGACCCUCCCUUUCCAUUCAGGACCGAAGGGACGUCGGCGACCUCAAAGAGAGGAGCUCGAGCUCACUCAGCGAUUUGCAGUUGGCCUCCUCUUCCACAACAGAAUAGAGCUGCAGAGGCUUCACUCAUACACAGAGAAAUCCUUCAGAGAUAUCGUGGUCAGCAAGCAGGCUUUAGUAACAAAUCACCUUGAAGGUCUUUCUCACUGUGACCUGAGUCCCGCCCAGGUCCUGGAGGCAUGUCACCAUGUUUAUGAAGCAAGUUUCACGCACGGUGAUGGUAGCAGAGACAGUGGUGGCACACGACUGGUUUCUCACCUGGCAGCAAAUCUUCCAGAAGUCCUGACAUUUCAUGGAGUUCCACUCAACUUGCCGGAUGUGUUCACUAUGCAGAAAGUUCUCCAAAGGGGUGGAACUGAAGGGAGAAGUUUCUGCUUGGAUCUGGAGGAUUCUGGGAUACAGGUUUCUGGACUGAGAGCACUGGUGGGGCUCAACAACAUCAACACAUUCAGGGCUUGCAUUGCUGAUGUUAUCACCCUAUGGGAGCAGCUAGAGCAGAGUGGUGAAGAGGGGCUCCUACGAGGGGCGGUGUCCAAGUUCAAGAUCCACCCUCUGAAAGCCACACAGGUGUGUCAUGUAGAGCACCUGGCAAAUCUGGUGAACAUACAUAUGCACAAGAGGCUGUUGGAGAGUUGCAGCCAAUUAGAUUCCAUCCUGGCAGAGGGGGUACCAGCUGUCAAAGAGCUACACAAGCUGGAGUUUGAGCUUGGUCCAGAGAAAGGUCCCCUGGGUCUUCCCAAACUGUCGGAGCUACUGCCAGGUCUACAUAACCUACAGCACUUAGAUCUAGAGAACAGUAAGAUAGGGGACAAAGGAGCAGAGAAAUUGGCUGAUGCUUUAGCCUCACUCUGUUCCCUUGAGAUACUGAAUCUGUCACAGAACUGUAUAGGAGACCAUGGGGUGAAGAAACUUGCAACUACGCUGAGGGAUCUCCCCAAACUGCACUGUUUAAGUCUCUACAGUAAUCUGAUUUCUGAUGAAGGGGCAGAGAGUUUAGCAGCUGUCCUCCCACACAUGGUGUCUCUCACUGACCUGGAUGUGAAGUAUAACAAGCUGACAGAUGUUGGAGCACAGAGCCUUGGAACCAGUCUGAGAAACUGUCAAAGGAUAAAGACUUUAAGGAUGUGGAACCAGUGUAUUCCAUAUGGAGUGUUUGAACGUCUUCAGCAGCAGGACAGCCGGAUCCUUUGGCAUUAGAACCAUAUGAAACCUCUUUACUACAAGCCUGUGACCUUUUUAUCAUGCAUCUUGGGCAUGUAGUUUACACUACACAUUACAUUUUGUAAAGCAUGAAUGCUUAAGAGACAAUAGCAGGAACAAAGCGAGAGCAUGAGAGUGAGAGAGAGAGUGAGUGUACCAAAACAAGCCAAACUGGAGAGUUAUUUGCUGCUUUAUUCAAAAGAUUAUCCUGUUAGAGUGUUUCUUAAACUCCAUUCAGUGCCAGAAGGAAAUAAUGAAUCGUUCAGCGUCACACAGUACUGCGUGUGUGUAUGAGAGUGUGGUAAUGCUACAACAAUUUAAAGAAGCACAUUUGCACUAUGAUGUUGGCUAAUUUUUUAUGUAACACAUUAUAGAUUUUUUUCCCUGCCUGAUGUCAUUACCUAAAGGGUAUACUGUGCCAUACUUUUUUGUGUUUGUGUUUUUGUGGAAAUAACAGUAUUUUUGUUCACACUCUUUCUGUGGCGGUAAAUUAUAAAUAUUUUAACAAUCAUCUGACACUAUUAUA